GAGAAGAUGGCGGCCGUGUCUAGCGGAGGUGCUGCUGGGUCCGCUGCGGCCGCAAUUACGCACCCUGCCCGCCCGACCCACGCAGGAAUGGGCUCCCAGAACCGGGCCCCGCCGUCCUCUGGGAUCAACCCCAGCGGGCGUACAGGCACGGCCGGCGGGUGCAUCACUAAUCCCGGACACACUUCGGCCACCAGGCCCCCUCCAGCCCGAGUGGGCCACUACGAAAUCGAGCGGACCAUCGGCAAGGGAAAUUUCGCGGUCGUUAAGCUAGCCACACACAUCAUCACUAAAGCAAAGGUGGCGAUAAAAAUAGUGGAUAAGACCCAGCUGGACGAUGAGAACCUGAAGAAGAUCUUCAGAGAGGUGCAGAUAAUGAAGUUGCUGAAGCACCCCCACAUCAUCCGCCUCUACCAGGUGAUGGAGACGGAGAAGAUGAUCUAUCUGGUCACAGAGUAUGCCAGUGGGGGAGAGAUAUUCGACCACCUGGUGGCCCACGGGCGCAUGGCGGAAAAGGACGCCAGGAAGAAGUUCAAGCAGAUUGUGGCGGCGGUCCAUUUCUGCCAUUGUCGCAACAUCGUCCACAGAGACCUGAAGGCCGAGAAUCUGUUACUGGACCACAACCUGAACAUUAAAAUAGCAGAUUUUGGCUUCAGCAACAUGUUUUCCCGAGGCCAGCUGUUGAAGACAUGGUGUGGCAGCCCUCCUUAUGCAGCUCCUGAGCUGUUUGAGGGGAAAGAGUAUGAUGGACCCAAAGUAGAUAUAUGGAGCUUAGGCGUGGUGUUAUACGUGCUGGUGUGUGGCGCCUUACCCUUUGAUGGCAGCACUCUACAAAACCUACGAGCUCGAGUCCUCAGUGGAAAGUUCCGCAUCCCUUUCUUCAUGUCCACAGACUGUGAGUACUUAAUUAGACACAUGUUAGUCCUGGAGCCCAGUAGACGGUUGAGUAUGGAGCAGAUCUGUAAAAACAAGUGGAUGAGGCAAGGAGACCCAGACCCUGACUUUGACAGGUUGAUAGCGGAGUGCGAGCAGGUGAAGACGGAGAGAGAGAUCGAGCUCAUCAACGAGCAGGUGCUGAUGGCCAUGUCUGAGAUGGGCUUGGACAGAGAACGCACAAUCCAGUCCUUGCAAACGGACGCAUACGAUCACUACAGUGCCAUCUACAGUCUGCUCGCAGAACGCCUCAAGAAACACAAGACGCUGCGUGUGGCGCCGCCCCCGCCGCGCUCCAUCAGCUAUCCUCUAAACGCCAUUCAGCAGACAGACCAGCAAGGUAAUCCUGUUAGCAUGACGGUGCCCCAUGUCCAGCUCAUCAACCCAGAGAACCAAAUUGUAGAGCCUGAUGGUAACAUGGCGCUGGACAGCGAUGAGGGAGAGGAGCCGUCUCCAGAGGCCAUGGCUCGCUACCUUUCUAUGAGGCGACACACUGUGGGGGUACCAGACCAAAGGACGGAGAUGCAGGAGGAACUCCAGAGGCUUCCACCAGGUUUCCCUCGUGGUGUGAUCCCCCAACCCCCCUUCCCUCAACUUACCCCCACUAUGGCCCAAAUGCACACACUCAUGCCCACACAGAGCCUGCAGCCUACGCAGCAGCUGGAGUACAAGGAGCAAUCGCUGCUGCAGCCGCCUACUCUGCAGCUCCUAAACGGCAUGGGCCCCCUGGGCCGAAGAGCUUCCGAUGGCGGGGCCAACAUCCAGUUACACGCUCAGCUCCUGAAGAGGCCCCGAGGGCCCUCGCCGCUCGUCGCCAGCCCGCAUCCUAAUACCUCUGUAGCUCCGGUGGAUGAGGAGGGGUCAGAUGGAGAGCCAGACCAAGAGGCGGUGCAGAGGUACCUGGCGAACCGCUCCAAGCGGCACACGGCGCACGUGCUCCCAAGCAUUUCGCAUGGCGACCCCUCGACAGAGUCGCAGCGGCCCCAGGGCCCCCGCCAGAGGGGCGGCUGGGUGCCUGACACAUAUGCCCGAUCCACCUAUAAGGACUGUAACACCCUACACCUCCCCAUGGAGCGCUUCUCUCCUGUCAGACGCUUCUCCGACGGCGCCGCUUCCAUCCAGGCCUUCAAGGCACAUCUGGAGAACAGCAGCCUCAUUAAGCAGCUCAAGCAGGAGUGUGAGCAGCUCCAGAAGAAGUAUGCUGCCCAGCAGGAUGAGCGCUUCCUCGAGCACACCCAGCAGCAGCACAUCCUUUACCAGCAAGAGCAACAAAUCCUUCACCAGCAAAUCCAGGCUCUGUCCUUAGGCCACGGAGAGAGCCAGCCCAGUCAUUUAACCCACCAGCUCCAGAGGUUGCGUAUCCAGCCCUCCAGUCCUCCGCCAACACAUCCCAGCAACCACCUCUUCAGACAGCCCAAUCAGAGUCCUCCGCCUGGCUCUGCAGGCCUAAUGCAAGGGCAUGCGGGUCAGUCAUCAGUGCAGUACCAACAUGGCGCUCCAGCCAUGUACCAGGGACAAAGCGGCAGCCCGCCCCCCACAGGCCUGCCUCGAGUCCCUCACCCAGCCAAUCAGCAGGCAGCACCUGGCCGCCCCGCCGUCCCAAUGGCACCGGGCGUCCCCCAACAACAGCAGGUGACCAUUCAGGUGCAGGAUGUGGAGCUGGGAGGAGGGGCACAGAGACCAGGCAGCUUCCUGUCCACGCCGGGCCCACACAGAGUCUUGGGGAAGCAGCUCAGCGCAGACAACGCAGAGACGCACAGCCGCAGCCUUGGCCGUUUCACCUCCGCCUACGACCAGGCCCAUUUCAAUCCUCACCUCUUCUCCGGCGACGCUGCCUCUCGGGGGCCCUCUGGGGUCGUGGGCUCUUACAACCCCUACCUGCAGGCCGCCUCGCUGAAAGUCCCCGGCCUGGAAGGCUACCAGAGCGGGGCCGUCGGGACCAGCAGCUAUGGGACCCCCUCCACACUACAGCAGGCCCUGCUCUCCCCAACUCCUCUGGACUACUGUCCCCCGCAGCAGCACGUCACCCCCACCCUGCAGGGCCUCCUGUCCCCUCGGCACUCUCUAACAGGCCACGCCGACCCCAGGCUGCCCCCCCAGGACUUGGCCGCCCUGCUGAAGAGACAGAACCUCCGGCAGUGCCCGGCACAGCAAACCCCAUCCAGCGGUGCUGGUCAGGAGUUUGGAGAAAUGCUGCUUCUCCGCCAGCUUAGCCAGGGAGACACCCUGGAGCCCCCCGUACCCCAGCCCACCUCCGGGGGUCAACACUACCACCAUCUCCUCCAAAUACAACCCCCAGAGGUUCAGCAGCAGCAGCAUGUGACUCAAGCGCCGUGUCCCAGCCUACCACACUCAGAGAGUAUGGAGGAGGAUGAGGCCCCUGCUGGAUACCACCACCCGCAUGAGGGCCUGCUGGCUAAGGCAGGAGAAGCACAUGAGCUCCUGGGGCCUCCCCGAGGUGGGACCCCGCCUUACAGCUCCCCCACGCACAGGCACGGUGCUUACAUGAGGAGUCCUCCUGCUUCUAGAGAAUCUGAGCGUGUAGAGUGCCGGCCCCAAGGACAGGCCAUGGAAGUGCCUGAUCACAACGGGCUUAACUAUCAGCGAGCCCCCCAGAGUGAAGUGUAUCGAUCUAGAGGGCAGCUCCAGCGCCACCACACCAUUCAGACCUGUGAUGACGCCUACGAUCAGGCGGAUCCCAUGUCCGGCAUGAGCCUCUUGGCAGGAAAGGCGCUCAGCUCAGCUCGCAUGUCGGACAUCCUCAGCCAGACGUCUCUGACUGGAAGCCAGCAGCUGCACCAGCGGGAGGAGUCAGUUUGUGAUGUAGAAGGGGAGCUCCAUGCUUCAGCCUGUUACCCGUCGUCCUGCACCAGUGACAUGCUCCUCAGCUACAAACCCCCUGAUCUGCAGUACAGCAUGGAGCAGGCUGGGGUUUAGCGCAGGAAGCGGUGAAUCCUGUGUGCGUCGUCCAUAUCAGCCACCCUGAGUUGUUGACUUGAGUUGAGCAGCUUCACGCCAAACCACCGCCUCCGCCCAAGCCAGGGGCGCUCAGUGUCCAUCUAUCUGUUUCCAUCUGUCCCUACGGAGGGAGGCCGAGAGAGGGGAGGGGGUUUUCCGGUGGGUGGGCCAGAGUUGGGGGGGGGCCUCGGGGUUCAAAGGUCAAAGUGCCAGCAUUUUCUACGCAGACAUCCAGCAUGGUUCUGUUGCAGGUUGUCUUCUCUUCUCACCUCUCAUCUUGGGUAGCUUGAGGUCUGACUCCCACCCCCACAGUUUCAGCCCCCCCUCCCCCCGUCGACUUGGCCCACUUCACGCCAACUCCUCCCUCCCCGGCUAUGUACGACAUACGUUCAUGACGGCCGGCGCUUUCACACGGCGGCACCAUCAAACACACACACUGCUGCCACCGCAAACCCAAAGUAUUCCCAACAGGACGGAGUGUGUGUGUUUGUCCCAUGUGGACGGGGGCGAGGAACGCCAUCCUGGAGCAGCGAAGGACCCCCACCCCAAAGACCCCUCUUUUCAGCUGUUUUUUGCUCAGGCUCUGACUGGGCAACCAAAACGGCUCCAUCUAGUGGAGCUCUUCAAUGUCGCACAGGACAAACCAGCUCUUCUUCUUUAUUUUGUGGCAUUCUGUUUCAUUUUAGUUCCAGACUCAUUUUACAGUCAAUGUAGACAUUUUUGGUCGACAUGGUUACUCUUAUGGUUUUUUUUCUGUAAAAGAUGUUUAUUAUAUGAAAUAUUAUUAAAGGAGAAUAGUUAUGUGUGGCGAGGAGGACAGCGAUGUCCUCUGGCUUAAUUCUGCACUUUGGGUUCAUGUUGUGCGUCUCGGUUUUUCCUCUCCUCUUCCUCAUGCUUCAGCCCUACCUC